AUGGCGUACCAAUUCUACAUCACCAAGUUCAUUAGCCGUGUCCUCGAGAGAAAUACUAUGCAUGGGGUGUUCCAUUUGACAAACCCCAAAAGCAGUUUAGCCGAAAAAAUAUCGUGGGUUCUUGUCAUCUCAUCAGUGGUCAUCUGUUCGAUAUAUCUGUUGACGUUAUUCUGGAUUCGCUAUCUUACCAAUCCAACAGUGAUUUCGUUAGAUCGGAACUAUCACGAAUGGAACACCACUUUUCCCAGUCUUACAGUUUGUUUUCACGACCGGCUGAAUACAACAGCCCGGGAUAUGUUGAUUGAUCAGGUCAAACCGGAAAAUCCACAAAAGUUUGAACAAUUUCUUGCAAGACUGGUCGAAGCUAAUAUUUUUCGGCUUGAAACGCUUGUCGAAUUCGAAGAAUACAGUGAUAUGGAUCUCAAAGCUGUCCUCAAUCAAAUCACCAACUUUGUAGAUACGAAAGUAAUGCUAGAUAAUGGUAUUACAGGAAAACUUUUCCGAGUUAUAACAGAGUUGGGAAUUUGCUAUACCUUUAAUUCUGACAUGGUUCGUUUCACAUCUGCUGAGGAGUUGGAAGAAGAAGAUCUGCCUACAGAUUUGAUCCAGAUCAGUGCUACUGAACGAGACAUAAUGGCAUCUUUGGGUAACCUUACCUCAAACGGAAACAUCUAUUACCACGGUCCGUACGAGAUUCCGUCAUACCUGAAGAAAUUAAUAGUGACACUGGCAACAAAUGCAUUUCUUACUAUUACAUUCAAACCGGUAAUCAUAACUGCCGAUUCUACCAUUCAGGAUCUAUACGUACAACAGCGCAGAUGUCGUUUUUCACACGAAUCCAAUUUGGAAUUUUAUCCAAAUUACUACUCGCACAGUUUAUGUUUACUCGAUUGCAGAUUGCGGCUUUUUCUUGAUCAUUGUAGUUGUCUGCCAUAUUUCUAUAAUGUCAAUGCUCAAGUUCCUGUUUGUCGACCUAAAGAGUUACAGUGUAUAGUUGAUCACCUUGGUGAAAUUCGUCGAAGUCUAUCUUCAUGUGGGUGUCUGAAAGACUGCAAUACGAUUAGUUUUACUCUACAACAUUUUGUAAUGUUUGAUUGGUUCAAUGACCCAUUAAUUAAAUGGGAUAUAGAGGUUCCGAAAGUUCGAUACAGUAGACGAAUUAUAUUUGGAUUUGUGGAUGCUAUGACUUCAACUGGUAGUAUUUUCGGAUUAUUCUUCGGUGCAAGUGUCAUUACAUUGAUUGAAUUGUUUUACUCAGUUGUAAAAAAUGCUUUCCAGUCUUCUAUCACACUUCAGACUAUGGUAUUUUUUUAAUUUUAAUGGUAUACCGAAGGAAUAUUCGAAAAAGAUUUUCAAAAAAGGCAAUAAAAUAAAGAAAGUGAGAAUUAACGAACGCCCAACGUAUUGGA